UAUUUUUUUCUUCAAUGAUCGUUGCACUUGUGUGGUUUUUCUUCUCAAUUUUGCGAAUCUUGUUGAAUAAACUUUGAUUUGUUUCUGGUUUGUGGUAAGGGAUUUUCCUAGCAGUGGUUUUGGCUUCGGAUUUUAAGCUGUUCUUGAGUGCUAAGAUUGGACUUUUCUGAUAUUACUUGGAUGAGGAAGGGUUCGAAUAGCCGUGAAGGCAUAUCAACAUCCCACCAUCAUUACAAGGAUAGAGCUAAGAAUCGUGUGGAUGAUCUGCAAGGCAUGUUCAGCAAUCUACAGUCAGCAAGGAAGGAGAGCCGCACAGUUGAUGUGGCUCUGCUUGAAGAGCAAGUUCACCAGAUGCUUCGAGAAUGGAAGGCCGAGCUAAAUGAGCCCUCCCCUGCUACUUCUUUGCAGCAGGGAGGGAGCCUGGGCUCGUUUUCAUCUGAGAUUUGUAGGUUGCUACAGCUUUGUGAAGAGGCAGAUGAUGCAACCAGUGUGUUAACUGCCCCAAAGCCAGAGCCAAAUGGCCCAAAGGAUGUGAAUGGAUCUACUUAUGUGGAGCAGCGCUUCCCACUCUCCAAGGGUCUCCAAGAACAAGACUUUCCUUUGGUUGAUCAGUGCAAAAGCUCCAUUGCGGGAGCCACGAACAUAGGAAUGGAUAAUAAAGCUUUGGCAACUCAAUUAGAUUAUAAUGCAUUUAAUUCCCAUCAAGAAUUUGAGCAGCAAUUUUUCUUGGGAAUUGAUGACACUAAAUAUGUUGUGGAGGAGAGUACAGAUAAGAUUUCUGGUUAUCAGCAGAAUGUGUUUCCUCCACCUUCUGCUUUUUUAGGGCCAAAAUGCGCCCUUUGGGAUUGUACGCGGCCUGCACUUGGAAGGAACUGGUCUCACAAGUCUGAUGACUAUUGCAGUGCCUAUCAUUCUGGGCUUGCUCCUAGUGAAGGUUACCUCGGCUCACCUCCAGUUGUUCGCCCUGGAGGAAUUGGCUUGAAAGAUAACUUACUUUUCUCUGCCCUUAGUUCUAAGGCACAGGGGAAAGAUGUCGGCAUUCCGGAAUGUGAGGGUGCUGCAACUGCAAAAUCUCCUUGGAAUGCACCAGAGCUCUUCGAUCUUAGCCUUGUGGAUGGUGAAACAAUCCGGGAGUGGCUGUUUUUUGACAAGCCUCGCCGGGCAUUUGAGAGUGGAAAUAGAAAGCAACGAUCCCUGCCAGAUUAUGUCGGGAGGGGCUGGCACGAGUCAAGAAAACAAGUGAUGAAUGAGUUUGGUGGAUUGAAGAGAUCCUACUACAUGGAUCCCCAGCCAAUGACAAGUUUCGAGUGGCACCUCUACGAGUAUGAGCUCAACAAAUACGACGAGUUUGCACUAUAUAGAUUGGAAGUCAAGUGUGCCGAUAGGAAGAAGGCUCCAAAAGGUAAAUUAAGUAAAGCUUCUGUAGCUAAUCUGCAGAAGAAAAUGGGUAGACUUACUGCCGAGUUCCCAAACAACAAGCAACGCAAUGGAAAGGGAAGAGGAAAGGGCAAUCUUCCAAAGGAUGGAUCUGGAACUAACCAUUCUGCUUCUAAUCUGCCGGUGGGUGCAGGCGAAAUGUGCGACGACGACUACCUUGUCGACAACCAUGAUGAAUACUACCAAACAUGAUCGAGAGAUCAGUCGACUGGGGCACAUAUUACUGCAUCUCAUGAUAUUUCUCAGCUGUACAGAUUUAACUUUCUGACUUAACUCACUUGGUGGACCUGGAACUCAAUGUAUUGGAUAGAGUGAAUUAUAAUCUAACAGGGUUUCUGUGGCCCAAAUUAAAGAAUGUUCUUUUUGGAAGAGUAAGUUGAUUGGGUAUAA